GUUGACGUUUUAAGAGGUCCGCUACAGAACGUGUUUUCUAUGUUGAACUCCAAGUUCCCUUCUGAUAUUCUGAAUCGAAACGGUUUUGAUAAACAGUAUGAAGAAUAUCAACAUGGAAUUCAACUUACUCAAUGUGUGGCGAAUAUUUUACGAGAGAAAUGUGAACUUCAAUCAGAUUAUUCACGAGGUUUAUCAAAAUUAAGUGAUCGUUUACGUGAUGCUUUAGCAGGAACAACUGAUGGAACUGUUCACACUGCUUGGUUGAGAAUAGCUACAACAGUUGAAAUGGAAUCGAAACUAAAUGAAAAGUUUGCUGAAAAUCUAUUGAACAAUUUAAUUCAGCCAUUGAAUGAUUUAAUUGUAACAUUUAAACAAAAUCAAAAACCUCUAAAAAGAUUGGUAGACAAAGAAACGGAGAAUUUAUUGUCAUUUUCUGAAAUGGAAUCUCGUGCUAGACAUAAAUUAUUUUCAUGUUUUCAUUAUUAUGAACGAGUGUAUAACAAUUGUGUGGAUCGACUAAGACAACAACAACAACAACAAUCUCAACAACAACAUCAACAACAAAUCGGAACUAUUCCAUCAAAUACUGACAAGCGUAGUUACAGUUUGAAUCGAUCUAAUACAACUAGUAUAUACACUAAAUAUUCUACAAGUAAUAGUCUAUUGGAAAACUAUUCACCACUUAGAAGAAAUUCAUUUGAAUCUCAUAUUCUUGGAUCAGUAUUUACAAAAGAUUCAUCUCGUUUACCAUCAUCUAUCAACAUUAAUUCUAGUACUACACAUCCUUCUCUCUCUAGUUUAUCUCAUGUUAAAAGUUCGAGUUUCUCAUCAGCUGAUUUGAAGUCAAAUCCAAUUCAACGUCAUAAUAGUUUAUCGUCUACGGAUACAAAUGUAAAGAAGCUUAUGACAUUGGAUAAGCUAAGACAUUCGUAUUAUACAACUCUUACUGAUUACUAUCGAGUAUGUAUAACAGCUGAAGAAGCUAGAAUAGACUGGCAUACAAGAAUGUUAAAAUGUUUCAAUGAUCAACGUACAUUAGAAAGUCAACGUCUAAAUAGUUUGGCAAAGGGAUUAACAGUUUAUCGCAAUAGCUUAGCUGAUACUAUACCAACAUGGAAAGCUGCUAUCAAUGAAUUAGCUAAUGCUAUCACUUUAGCUGAUCCAUCAUUGGAUAUGCAAAAUUUUCGACGUCAUUCCCACCAAGACAACAUUCUCAAAGUAUCAAAAGACUUGAAUAAUCAUGAUCAAAUGAAUGAUACUUUAAUGAAAUCAAAAAUCACUCCUAAUGUUGGUUAUUCACUGCAACGACUUAUCGAUUUACCUGGUGAAAAUCUACUUCGACCAAGACGACAACAGAAAUCAUCUGAUUUAUCGUCGAAAUCUCGACCAUUUAGCAUUCUUCGAAGAAAAUCACAGAUAAUUAGUGAUAAAAUUAAGGAAACUGCAUCAUAUUCUAUUGAUUCAUCAUCAUCAUCCUCAACAACAACAGAACCGGUAUCACUUAGUUUACGUUUGAUAAUCCAACAUUAUUUGACAAAACAAUCAAUUUUAAAGUUACUUGAUUUAUUGGCUAAAGAUGUGGAGAAAGAACGUCGUACAAAAAGAGGUCUGACAAAUUUAGUUCAAGUUUACGCACAUCAACCAGUCUAUACAGAUAAAGAUACGCUUAUUGAAGCACGUCGACGUUUAUACUUUUCACGUGUACGUCUCAGCUAUCUUACACAAUGUCGUCAAAAGUUGGCAUAUAGUCUAAAACAGAUUCAUUUAUUAGAAGAUGGAAAUUCCAAUUCAUUAUUAUCUUCAUGUAUUGAAUUACCUUCAUGUUUAAUUCAAACUGGAUUUUCUAAAUUACUCUGUCACUUACAUACAUCCUCUGAAUUAAACAAGACCAGUGUUAUUGAUGAUAAUGAUAACAGUAAUAAGUUUUGUUUAAUCACAGGACGUGCGGUAUAUUUACCUGAUUUGGAUGAAAUUCCUAACAAUGGAGUCAAUGUAAUUGAAUGGCCUCCAUUCCCAAUAGAAGAUAUUGGACAUGAGGAUGUUAAUGAUGAUAUUUUUCAAUGGGAUAUUGAAAAAAUUCGUCAACACUUACUUGAACAAAAUUCAUUUUGGAUAUUAGAAAAUGAAGAGUUAAAAAGUGAUGGGUAUCAUCAUUAUCAAUCUUUAGACACAAAAUUAUCAUGUCCUCAAUUAAAAUCUGUUUCACAGAGAAAUUGUUCUAACACAAUGAAAUCGAUACUACUGAUUAAUGAUAAGAAAACUUCAAAAAAUGCUUAUCUAGAUGUUAAGAAAUCUGUUGGUAUAAAAGACAAUCAACACAUUACGACUAAUAAUAAUGUCAUUGAAUCAUUGAACACUUGUCAAUAUUCCUCAUUGAAUCAAUCUUCGAGACAAGUACUUUUUGAAGAGAGAAAACAGGAUUUGUCUAUAAGUAAAGUGAAGGGAACUGAAUUUUGUUCAACCACUACUACUACUACUAUUACUACUACUACUACUACUACUGCGAACAUCAUGUCUAAAUCUUCUGUUCAUAGUUCAAUGAAGACAGUUGAAAAAACACCAACCUUAGCUGUGAAUGAAAUUGAUACACAUGAUUCUAUUGUGACGUCUUGUUCUCCUACAAUAUCGACAUCUUCUUCUUCGUCUCCUGUUUCUCAAACUCUUGAAAAAGAUAUAUCGACUAAUAUAUUUCGGUCACGUUUUGGUUAUGGAAUACAUGGAUCAUUUAAUAAAGUGAAAUUUAAUCAUAAUCAUCAAUCUACUGAUUGUAAUAAGAAUCAUAAUAACAAUAGGAAUUUUAACAAUACAAAUAGGAAAUCAAUUGUAAAAUCAGAUAUUUUGGGGGUUAACAAAUCAAAAAUGUAUCUCAAUAGUCUAAACAUUUCUUCAUCGAGUUCAAGUAAUACUAAUCCAAUGGAUAAUCAAUCUCUUUCACCAUGUAAAUCAGUUCAUUUCUCUUCUGAAGUAAAUCAAUUAAAGGAUUCUAAUCAACUGAUAAAGGAUAAUUUGAAUUCAAGUUAUAAUGAUGAUGAUGAUGAUGAGUAUUUAUCAUCUAGUUUACAUUGUCUUGGUUGGGCUAAAGUUCAACGAAAUUAUACACCUCGUCAAUCAUCAGAAAUUCAUUUACAAGAAGGUGAUAUUAUCAGUAUAUAUCGUAAGGAUAGUUCAGAUUGGUGGUAUGGUGAAGUGAAUGGUUCAAAAGGUCGUUUUCCAGUUAGUUAUGUAGAAGAAUUUUAAACUUUAUUGUCUAUAUAUCAGUGGGUUGAUUCUUAUCUUUUAUUCAAUCAGAUUUAUAAGAAAGAGAUGAUAAUUGUUAUAUAAACUUAUCAUUCAUAUUAUUAUUAUUAUAAUAUUACAGUAACAAGUUGUUUUCAUCGACUCCUAGUAAUUAUACAAUCAUUAUUAUUUCAUGAAUUGACAUCAAGAGAAGGAAUACUGAAGAUCUUUGGAGCACUGAAUAGUAUACACCUAUGACAUAAUGUUCCUUAUUUCUUACAUCCAUCAGUUAAUGAUAUAACGUGACUUUAUAACUAUCCUGAUGUUUUAAAUUUGGUUAAUUCUAUCGGUUAUAACUUGUAAUUGAAAUUUCCUGUUUUUGGAAUCAUCUUUCAAAGCUAAUCACCAAUAACAAGUUAUGACUGAAUAGGGUCAAUCAAGUUGAAUAUGAGAACAGUUAGUCAACCGAGGUAUUGGAUAAAAGGUUGAGCUAUAAUUGUGAACUGAUGAAAGUAAGAAACAUAGAAUCAUUAGGUUCUGCUAACCUAGUGUCUUAAUGAUAGUAUGCUGAUUGUAGAAUUGGAAAACCGUGUGUUCGAACCCUGGUGGAUUAGGUCUUGAAUGCAUACUGCUAGAGAGUUGCCUACUAGGAUGAAAUAGCUACUGUUCAAUGUUCCCAGGUUUUCAAUGUUUCUUCAACUGAUGUCACUACAUCAUGUAUACUAAUCUGAAUUCAAUCAAUUAAUCUAAAGAAACUUUAUAAUUUAAUCAAUCAUUUAUUUAUUUAUUUUUCUCAUAUUUUCAAUUUUCAUAUCUCUCCUCUUCUUCAUAAACUGUAUACUUAGUUAGAUUUGUUCAUGUUUUUUCUUUUGAGUUUCUUUUCAGUAGCUUUUUUCCUCUUGCUUGGAUCUUUUUUUUCCUGAAAACUUUAAUUGAAAUUACAAUGAACAGUUGUUGUUAUUGUUAAAACUGAGUUCUUUUUUCGUUCAGUAUAAACAUUGUUUUAUUUUAAUAUAUUAAUAGUGUAUGUUAGCUUUU